CUCACACCAGCGAGUGAUCAGACACCGGCACCUGCGCAGACACCAGUACAGCUCUAUUGUACAGACAGAAGGAGGAGGAAGGGGUUCACUUUGACACGGUCCAGUUUCUCUCCCAGUUCACUUCACCAGCGCUCGCACCGUGCCGGCGCUCCCCACAGACAUGGUUUCGCUCUCUCCCAGUUCGGGCGGCUCGGUUCGCACCCGUGACCUGUCUCUGAGUCGAGCCUGAAGUGUCGGGACUGUCCGGUCCUCCUGCCCCCGUGUCCCCGCCGUGCAGCAUGGUCAUGGCCGACUGUGAACCGAAAGCGGCGCUGCGCGCUCCGGUGCGUGUGGGCUUCUACGAUAUCGAGCGAACUCUGGGCAAAGGGAACUUCGCUGUGGUCAAACUGGCCAAGCACAGAAUAACCAAAACUGAGGUGGCCAUAAAGAUCAUAGACAAGACCCAGCUGGACUCGGUGAACCUGGAGAAGAUCUAUCGCGAGGUGAAGAUCAUGAAACUGCUGGACCACCCACAUAUCAUUAAGCUGUACCAGGUCAUGGAGACCAAGAAUAUGCUCUACCUUGUGACGGAGUACGCCAUUAACGGGGAAAUUUUUGACUACCUGGCCAAGCAUGGGCGACUGAGUGAGCCUGAAGCCCGGCGCAAGUUCUGGCAGAUUCUGUCGGCGGUGGAAUAUUGCCACAACCGUAACGUCGUACACCGGGACCUGAAGGCGGAGAACCUGCUGCUGGACGGACACAUGAACAUCAAGAUUGCAGAUUUCGGCUUUGCGAACUUCUUCCAGCCAGGAGAGCCUUUAGCAACGUGGUGUGGGAGUCCACCAUACGCUGCACCGGAAGUGUUCGAGGGGCAGGAGUACGAGGGUCCUCUGCUGGACAUCUGGAGUUUGGGUGUGGUCCUUUACGUGCUGGUUUGUGGGGCCCUGCCUUUCGAUGGUCCCUCACUACCCGUGUUGAGGCAGCGUGUGUUGGAGGGCCGUUUCCGAAUCCCGUACUUCAUGACUGAAGAUUGUGAGCACCUGAUCAGGCGGAUGCUGGUCCUGGACCCGUCCAAGCGCCUCUCGGUGGCUCAGAUUAAGGAGCAUAAGUGGAUGGUGCUGGACGUUCCCGUACAGAGACCAAUGCUGUAUCAACAGAGCAGCAAAGCCGAGGGCGACGUCAGCCUGGCCGAGUACAGCGAGCAGGUGCUGCGGCUCAUGCACAGCCUGGGGAUCGACCAGCACAAGACCAUCGAGUCUCUACAGAACAAAAGCUACAACCACUUUGCUGCGAUCUACUACCUGCUGGUAGAGAGGCUGAAGGCUCACCGGUCCAGUUUCCCCGUGGAGCCGCGUCUGGACGCCCGUCAGCGCAGGCCCAGUACCAUCGCCGAGCAGACCAUGGUGAAUUCGAGCAGCGGCGCUCCUCAGGUGAGCCUCCUGCCUCAGAAUGUGCGCCUGCUCCGAUCCCUGGCUGUGCCCCAGGCCGCCGCUGACUCCUACACCUACCCGCAGUCCUCCUGUGUACCCGAUCACAGCUUCAUGGAAGAGGAGGUGGGAACUCCUAAAGUGGACGGCUGCAUGCUGGACCCUCUGCCUCCGGUUGUCGUGCGCAAGUCCAGCACGUCGUCGCCCAGCAACAUGAUGGAGACGUCUAUAGACGAAGGCAUCGAGACGGAGGACCCGGAUGCAGAGGAGGAGGCGGCGCACGCCUUCAACGCCUACCAGACGGCGCGCUUCGGCCAGCGGAGACACACGCUCUCGGAGGUCACCAACCAGCCAGGGGUCCUCAGCAGCGCAGGAAAACUGUUCUCACUGGGCAGCCUGGACUCGGAGUACGACACCGGCUCCGUGCACAGUGACCUGAGCCUCCUGGAGGACACGUCCUCCAUCAACGAGGUCGCUCUGGCCAACGCGUCCGUCAGCCGAGUGACUCCGCCCUUCAUCAGCCGGGUGACACCGCCCAACCCUGCCAUGCACAUGCUGAACUCGCACAGCAGAGAGACCCACAACCGCUCGCCCGUCAGCUUCCGAGAGGGACGCCGCGCCUCCGAUACCUCACUCACACAAGGCCUGGUGGCGUUUCGGCAGCAUCUACAGAACCUGGCUCGAGCGAAGGGCAUCCUGGAGCUCAACAAGGUUUAUGAGCAGAUGGGCUCGGCAGAGAAUCCCUCGUUUGGGCCUCUGAACCCCCACACACACCCGCACGACCCUUUGGACACUUUACUGCAGGGAGCAGAAGCUCACCCGCAUGACAUGGCGUUGUACCCUGGUGCCCAUCCGGCCCUGCUGUCCAGGAGACAGAGUCUGGAGCCCCAGUACCCCGCACACAUGAUCCAGAAAGCGAGCUUGAUGACCAGCCCCGGUAGUUGCCAGAUGUUCUGCAAGGAGACCCCACGUAGCCUAGAACAGCAGCUGGCCGAGCACAGGUUGCAGCAGAAGAGGAUUUAUCUUCAGCAGCAGUCUCAAAUGCAGGCCUAUUUUAACCAGAUGCACAUAGUGGAGGGUCCCUACGCCCCCUGCCCACCGAUGAGCCAUCAGGACUCUGUAGCGCCCCCUCAGGCUCAAUGCUCUAUAUCACACCAGCAGCAGAACGCCCAGCCUUUUAGUUCUUUGAUGGAACCUGGCACUGAACCCCUGGCCUACGAUCCCUACCUGGGUCAUUACGCCCACCUGCAGGCCUCUACGUUGCCGGCUGGUAUUCCCACCCAGCUUCAGCUCCAAGGCCCGCAGCUGUACAGCUAUCAAACCCAGGAGCAGGGUCAGUGCCAGCCGGCCGAAGUUCUGUACCAGAAGCAAUACGAUCUCCCGCUAGAGCCUGGACAUCCACCUUCAACGUGCAUCGUGGCUGGAGCGCCAGCGCCUGGAAAAGAAGGCACGAAGAUGACCGAAGCCCUAGUGGACAGUGAGAUGAUGGAGACUGUGGACGCGCAGCACGGCUUUGUGCUGGUGAACUAGGCCUGAUGGGUUGUAAGGGAUACAGAGUUUUACCCUGAGAUUGGCUUAGGUUGAUGUGAGUUGGAGGAAGGGAUGAUGGUACGGCAAAUUACCGGUUUGCGCGAUGAGAACCUUUCGGUUGCGUUCUUUUCCGUUUUUCGACCCGCCUCCCUGACUCCCUCCUUGCUCUCCAGUGCCGGCGUUCAUGGCUGAGUUUCCGGGAGGACGCCGGUGGAGGAGCGUUGCUGGAGCUCUACGAGUGACCUCUCGUCUCCUCACGGGCUGACCAACAGCUGGGUCAGCUGACCGCCGGAUUUUACGUAGCACACGAUGCCGAGAUGCCCGACUGCCCGGCUGCCGAGAGCCUGGCUAAGAGCACAAAUCCUUGAGGUUUUCGUAUCAACAUAGGACAAAUGCUUAGCAUCUUUCUGCAGGCUAUCUGAAUACAAAAGGAUGAUGCUCAGUGUGCACACUUGUGGAGUGUAGUGUUAAUAAUAAAAACUUAUGGCAAUACUGAAGCAAUAUACACUCACAGGACUGAGAAGAGUGGACAAAGCCAUACAUCAAGCAUCAAGGUUCCAUAUUGAUCCUCUGUCACCAUCCGAGUACUGUUAGCUCCAGAGUUAUCGGCACACUUGGUACCCUUGGAGUAAUAAAAAAGCUCAAGAUAAAAAUUGGUGUAGAUAAUGAGCUCAAUCCAACCGUGAAAAUAUGAAGGAAACGUAACUUAUUGGUCAAUUUAUUUCCAAACAACUGUUGCUAACAAAACCACCAAUUAUUAUUAUUAUUAUUGCACACGUGAGAGCACAGAGUCUUCUCCUAUAAUGCUUUAUAAGAUCAGAGAAUCCAAAAGCAUUCGUCAAUCCGGAGUCCUUCCCUGUGGACCUCCCCUAGGUCCUCUUGAACUCACUUAAAGUCGAUUCUGCCCUCAUUGAGUCAUUUUUGUGUGGAUUUGGAUGUGUGGCCUGCUCAAUUUACUACCAGUGUUUUUCCAUUUAGAAUCUCCUGGUACUUUGUGGAGUCUAUGAUGCCUUGAAAGGCUUCCAGGGCCUGUGGAAAACACUACCAGCAUUUUAGUGUACUGUGUAGCAGUUUUUAUAGCCUUUGCCAGAGAUAUAUAAUCUUCCCAUGGCCUGUCACCUCACCUCACCUCAUAUUCAUACCCCAGUCAAACAGAAAUGAAAUCAAUCAUGGAUGAACGAUUGAGUUUAGAAACGCUCAGGUUCGUGUAAUUUCUAGCCGUGCCAGUGGUUCUGAUAAUUCUGGAACUGACUGUUAGGGCGCAAUUACAUGAGAAGCGGCAAAACCGCUUUCGCUUUUGCGCCAGCUGUGCCGUUGUUUCCUAUGGAGUGUAACGGUGCUGCUUAGCUUGGGCGCGUUGGACUCACCUGUUCACCUGAUUUCAAAUCACCUCCAAUGAGACGAACUGUUUGAUAUGUUGCUGUAAAAGCGACUCAGGCCGUACGAACAAAGCUUAACGUGACUUAUUGUGUUAAAACAACGAGCGAGGACUUUCAUCAGUGAAGAGAACUUACCGCUAUGUUGUCUUUUAAUACAUUAAAUCACGUUAAGUAUUUUAGACUCUUGGAAAAGCUGAUUCUCACAAUUCCUCAGAACCUCAAGCUCGAACAGAAGUUUAAAAGUGAAACUGUGAGGAAAAUCCAGAUACACACAGAUACAUGUGGAGCUUUCAGACUGGAUCCACACAAAUGCAGAUUCGUCUCAAGCCAAGCACUGAGCAAAGCAGCGAUGAGCAAACGCUUCUCAUGUGAAUGUGCCCUAAAUGUCCGGCCUUCGUGUUCAGGUAGUUUCUGGUAGAAACGGCAGUUAAACAUUCGCCUGUUUAACUGUUCACCUCAAAUAAACACGGAAUGAAUCACAGCGUUCUUUAAACACUGUCAGUUACCACGAUGGAGCUGUACUGGAGGUGACCUCUGGGUGUGUUGACCACACACUCCUACAUUUUUGACUGAACACGUCCGACUACCUUUGACACUAAUGUGUGCUCAGCAAACUAAUACAGCCCAGAACGGACAGGACAAGCUUAGUCAUUUAACACUGGAUUACGGCCAACCGAUGGUGUUGGUUUUUAUACAGACUGAAUCUAAGCUGGUGUGGUUUUUAGCACUUGGCGAAUCUACUUGAAUAGGUAUGUGAUUACGAAAAUUGACGUAAUAGGAGAAACAGGCCGAGGCUUCGCAGGAGAGGCCAACAAAACACCAGAGCACGUUUUGUUUUCCCCAGGAAGCAAAAGGAAAUGUAGCGAAAGUGGAUGUAGCAGUCAGACAAGUCAAACCCGCUCUGCUCAUUCUGUCGAAUCCUGCUCACCGCAGUUAUAUAAACAGCACGUCGUUCUCUCCGGGGCGGUGAGAAUUCUGCUCAGUGUAGAAAACGGGGGGAAGAUCGUCACACGUCCUUUCAUAAGACGAGGAAUCAUUUCAGUGUGAUCCGUGCUCAGUGUGCCUUUUAGUUUUUCUUUUAAAAAUUCAAAUCCGAACGACCUCCUUUUAUUUCCUGAUUCUACUUCGGGUUUGACAUACACACUGAAUGGAAGUACACCCAGGCUUCUAUAGGUACAAAACCAAAGUCAUGGCUGAAGUUUCCCUGUACAACCCCACCGUGUGGAGUUCGAAGCUUCUCGGUUACUUUCUCUCUAAGUCGUGCUGUUUUGUCCGUUGGUGUUUCGCCAUUGAAAAGUAUUAAUAGCAAUAUUUGUUAUGAACAGCUAGAACAGAAUCAUGAAUGUGUUACAGUAUCAUCAUCAUUAUCAUCAUCAUCAUUACAGCUGCAGAAUAACAUAAAUCACUUCUGUGUUGAUUCUUACUGAUGUGAUCACACAAGCUAACCUGCUGUUCAGAUUAAAAAGGUUUAUCGAACAACAA